CUCGCGGCGCGGGGGAGGCGUGGAUCUGUCUUGCUCACUUCUGACAUUCUCGUGGCAGCAGUAGUAGAUUCUCCUCGAGGCACGACUCAGAUAACACCAUCCUGCCUGGCUGCGACCGGAGGAGAACCAGUGGAAGCUCUUUCCCUGUGCGUGUGCGCGCGUGUGCGUGUCUCGUCUCUGCGGAUGAACGGAGCUUUGGCACCAGGACUUGUUUUAGUCCGAAAAACUCGGAGCUCUGGGGGAGAAUUUUGCGGGAGCACGCACCUACGGAGAGCCGGUGGCGGAAUGUGAGAAACUUCCCUCUUUAACGCAUGUUCCUCCGCAGCGCGCGCACACUUCUGCUGCUUUCCGCGCGGCUGGAAAACAGACGAAGAGGUGGUGGUGGUGGUGAAGGAGCAGGAGGUGGAGGAGGAGGGGGGUCUUCUUUAACGACUCGAUCCUUUGCCUAUGGACGACUGCGGUCCCCUCUCUCCAAAGGCAAAUGCUUUCAGUAUUGCCUCUCUGAUUGCGGCUGCAGAGCGAGCAGGAAACGCAGCGUUUGACAAACAGGGCACCGGCCUGGACAAGCCAGACCUGCACAGCUACAGUUCCUUUAAAAUGCACUACAGCACUGUCACCCGGGAAAUGGAAGCCUUCACGACGAGCAGCCUGAGCAGCCUCAACACGCCGGGGGGAUACCACCUCUCCCCGUCACCCGGGGACCCCUACAGCCAGCAUGAGUCCCACUUCGAGCCGUGCCCGGCCGCCCAGCACAGCUACAGCUACCCGGGGUCCAACCCGGGCCAGGCCCAGCCGAGCGACACCGGGACGCCCAACUGCUCCUCGUCGUCCUCCAGCUCCACACCGAACAGCAAAACGAUCGUGAAGAAAAACCCAAAAGUGGCUAACAUCAACGUGCAGCUGGAGAUGAAAGCGCUGUGGGACGAAUUUAAUCAGCUCGGCACGGAGAUGAUCGUCACCAAGGCGGGCAGGAGAAUGUUCCCAACUUUCCAAGUGAAAAUCUUCGGGAUGGACCCCAUGGCAGACUACAUGCUCCUGAUGGACUUCCUGCCUGUAGAUGACAAACGAUACAGGUAUGCUUUCCACAGCUCGUCGUGGCUGGUGGCGGGUAAAGCGGACCCCGCCACGCCGGGCAGGGUUCAUUACCAUCCGGACUCUCCAGCCAAAGGAGCGCAGUGGAUGAAGCAGAUCGUCUCCUUCGAUAAACUCAAGUUAACCAACAACCUGCUGGAUGACAACGGGCAUAUCAUUCUGAACUCCAUGCACCGCUACCAGCCCCGCUUCCAUGUGGUUUAUGUGGAUCCCCGCAAAGACAGCGAGAAAUACGCAGAAGAAAACUAUAAAACCUUUGUUUUUGAGGAAACCCGCUUCACGGCGGUCACAGCCUACCAGAACCACCGGAUUACACAACUGAAGAUAGCCAGUAAUCCUUUUGCAAAGGGCUUCAGGGACUGUGACCCAGAGGACUGGCCCAGGAAUCACAGGCCCGGCUCGCUGCCAAUAAUGAGUGCCUUUGCCAGAACACGAAACCCAAUGUCGUCUCCUCCUCAGCAGAACGGCUCAGAGAAAGAAGACAGCAGGAGGGAAUAUGAGGGAGACCCCAGCGGGACGCCCAUACACGCAGACCCAGCUAACCAGCUGAUGUCCCGAGUCCUCAGUCCUGCCCUGCCAGUCCCCGGUGGCCUUCACGCCAUCCCGCUCACGAGUGGACGACCCAGUCCUCCCCACGACCUCCGGUCAGACCCCCACCCUCUGCCCCCGGACACCCUGCACCACCACCCCUACAAGUACCCCACGGCUUAUGAACACUACCUAGGAGCCAAGACCAGGCCGACACCGUACCCUUUACCCGGCAUCAGAGGACACACAUACCACCACCACAUGAAUCACGCCACCACUAACAUGUACUCAGCAACCAGCGGCCCCUCUAACUAUGACUACGGGCCCAGAUAAUGACGGCUGUGUGUUGGUUGAGAUUGAUGGCGCACGGCAUUGUGGGAAUCGUAACAAGCAGGAGCAGAAAUAGUUUCUCCAUGCAACCUGAGAGGGUGGCUCACAGGCUGGAACUGCUCACUGCUGGAUGAAUCCUGCCAUAUUUAUUUAAGGGGGAAUGCGGCACCUGUCAUAAGCCCUCCAGCAGGUCUGCUUUGACCUUUGAACUCUACAGCUCAACACGAAGCUGCUUCCUACUGACAUUAAACCUGUAAGGAAACAGGAGGAACUUCUCCUGAACACUGAUGUUUCAUCACAGACUGGAACUAAUUUACUUUUUUUUUUCUUUUGUGAUGCACUUUUUGAUUUGCUUUGUUUUUAUUGCUUUCAAAAAAGCCAUAUGUUAUCUAGUCCUAUCGACGAUGUAGGUAGACCAGAUGCUUGCAUGUUGAGCUCACCAAAGAGGAUGUCAAAAUGCACCAAAUCUUGUUGCUCGAGGACACAAAAAUAUAAAGUUUGAACGUUUUUGAACAUCUCGAGCCGCUCUGAGAAGCUUGUACCAUGGCACUGACUCGCAGCAAUUCUAAGUAAAUAAAUGAAGCAAAAUGACUCUUCUGUACCUGUAAAAUAAACAUUAAAUUCUUCUAAAAGAAA